AUGAAUACCUCAACAACAGUGACCACGGUCAACAUGCUGCGUCAAGCAUCUCGCUCUAUUCAGACCGCCGCUCGGGCAUCCGCCUCGGCUUCCUCUUCCUCCUCGUUUGCAUCCUCAUCCCGCGCUCUGUCGACAGCAGCCAGAUCGGCACGUACCACACUGCGUCCUCAUCCCGUCGUCAUUGGUCCUACCCAACUCAACCGAUACCAAGAGCACUACCGCAAUACCCUCUCCACCGAUCUUCUCUACAUGACCUUUGACCCAGCAGUCAACCUUGACCCUGCACUUCCACCCUCCUCCUCCGCCUCCCCAACCAACCCUACUAACCCCGCUUCCUCAGAAGACAUUGAAGAUCGUCAAAGAUCAUGGGACACAACCGAUCCAUACACCACCAACCGACCCCAACGUCCUGCACGAGGUAACCGUCGCCUCCAACCCCUCACCAAACCUCUCUCUCCCACCAACACGAUCAACGAAAUCCCUAAACUCGACAAAAUCAUCCUAACCUGCUUCUCCAAGGACGCCAUCGCCAACAAGCACGCUUUGGUGCCACUCAUCGCUCAGAUCCGUGCCAUCACUGGUCUUUCCGUCGAAGGCAGUCUCUCGGACCCUUCCCUACUCGCCGCACCCUCACCCUCAUCUUCAGGCAGCCCGAACAGGGGUCAUAUCGAGAUCAUCCGUGCCAAGUCUGGUGUUGCAUCAUUCAAGCUUCGCCCAGGUAUGCCUGUUGGUGUGAAGGCUAUUCUACCUGGUCCUGUCGCACAUGAGUUUUUGGAGGUAUUGACAACCUUUGUCCUGCCAAGAUUGAGGAGUUUCAAUGGAUUCCCGUUGCCUCCUGCAUCUCAGCCUCCGGCGAGUCCAGCUGCGAUGUCGGGCGUGGUGAGCUUGGGUAUGCACCCUGAAGCUAUCCCAUUGUUCCCUCAGAUCGAGAUCAAUCUGGAUCAGUACCCCAACAGACCACUUGGUUUCCAGAUUGACUGCAUCACAAACCAAAGGGGAAGGAAGGCGACCGAAAAGGCGAGGGCAUUGCUGUCGGGAAUGGGCGUUCCCUUUGUUCGCAGAGGUGAUAUGUAA